ACUAAUACUUGCAGCUAGCAGGAUGAACAGUACAUUAUGGAUGGAACUUCGUCUCAAAUUUACCUGAUUUUCUCCGUCUUAUUACGUGUGAUUCUCUCUCAGGAUGUAAAUAUAGGAAAUAUAUUUCCAGAUGAUGUUCUUACACCAUAUUCUGGACACCACAGAAGUAAGCGAUCGCUAAGAUUCGUCCGUGAAUGUCAGCCAGUGUACUUUGGAAAUCGUACUCAUGAGGAAUUCCCGGCCUCAAAUACCAUAAAAUCUGGCAAUAAUUUUGUCAAAGUCCACAAUUUAUUUUACGAAUACAACCUAGGGAACGUUACACAGCAGGUUUAUGGUCAUUACGGUGUCGUGGAAGAUCCACUUCGGACGUUUUCUAUCGUAGAACCAGGAGGUGCUGAUGGUUGUAAUCAAAGUAGGAGAGCGACAGUUAGUCAGACUUCAAAACAAAGAAACUGUGUUGUCGCCUCAAAUGCUGGCUAUUUUAGAACUAAGAAUGGGCAUUGCUUAGGGAAUAUAUUCAGCGAUGGAAGACAAGUGCUCGAUGCAGGAGGAAUUCAAAAUGUCAACUUUGGCAUUCGUAAAGAUGGGACUAUAAUUACAGGGUAUUUGUCAGAGGAGAUGGUAUUGGACUUAGAGAAUCCAUUUGUGCAAUUAGUAACAGGGGUAGUUUGGCUGCUUCGAAAAGGAGAGUUGUAUAUCAAUGAAAGUAAGAAGAUCGAGUGUGAAGACUUGGAAGAAACUGGGUCUGUUGAUAUGUUUGUGAAUGUUAUGUCUGGUAGGACGGCUAUUGGACAUGAUGCUCAGGGGAAUGUUGUACUGCUUCAAGUUGAUGGAAGAACACAUCACAGAGGAAUGAACUUGUAUAAUUUUGCCAAGUAUUUGAAGAAGCUUGGGCUUGUAAAUGCAAUCAAUCUGGACGGUGGAGGAUCUGCAACGUUUGUUGUCAAUGGUACAACUGUCAACUACCCAAGUGAUGGAUGUGGUGAAUUCAUUUGUGCAAGAAAAGUUUCGACAAUAGCCUGUUUUCAUGAACCAGACUGCUACCCAAUAGAUUGCAACAAGCAUGGCACAUGUCGAAUGGGUGUCUGUGAUUGUGACCAACACUGGACAGGAGAUAAAUGCGAUGUUCUGGAGUGUAGUCAGUUGCAGUGCUCACUAAAUGGUGUCUGUACUGAAGGGGGAUGUAUCUGUUCCCCUGGAUGGACAGGAAAGGCAUGUGAAAAAGCUUGUCCGACUGGUAUGUUUGGUGUGAAUUGCAGUUCACACUGUACAUGUAUCAAUGGUGGCAAGUGUGAUGCUGUGACUGGGGACUGCCUGUGUGCACCUGGCUGGAUGGGAAUACACUGUCAACUUAAAUGCCCACCAGGAAAGUUUGGGAUUGCAUGUGAAGAAAAGUGUAACUGUAGCAUGCCAUGUGAAUGUGAUGCAGCUACAGGAUUCUGUAAUAAUACCUUGAAUGGACACUCAACAGAUAUGAACUACUGGAAAAAUAAUUCACGAAGCUGGAUAAAAUGUUUGGAUUCAAAAUCAAGUGAAUCACCAAUAGAAGCUUUGAGUGAGAAAGAAGUUGAAAUGAAAAAUGAAUACAGGACGUUAUUGUAUUGGUUCAUUGGUGUUACCAGUUUGUGUGCCGUUAGCAUGUUGGCCAAUUUUAUCUUGAUAUACAUGCAGUGCAAUAUAUCAGCAAAAAGAAAAAGAAGACGGCUYGAAGAACAAGAAUUUUUAUUUAUUUCAGACGAAGAAUUGUGAUCAAUUUGAGAGUACUAUGAAACUUGAGGAUUUUUUAGUACAAGGGUUUUUGUCUAUGAUUUAUUGUAUUAACUAAGAUGGAAGAAACAACAUACAAGAGAUUGUAGUAUUAAAACUAUCUAGAUUUUUGUAUGAUGAAAGUAUAAAAAUAGAUUAAAUACUAUUUAAAUAAAACCAUAUAAUUUAUUGGACUUAAAUUUUCGAAACAGACUGCGUGAUCUAUGAAUUUAGAGCCUCAAAAUAUUUGUAAAGUAUCUAGCUGUCAUACGAUACACCCCUUGCAAACGAUGUCAAAGGAGCUUGAUUUGGAGGACAAAACAAAAUAAUUUCAAUCUCAUGAGAAUUGGAAACCUAUUGUUAUUUCCUCCAAAUUGAGCUGCAUUUCUGCGUACUACAAGGGGCCUAUUUGACAUUUCCAUGACAAAUUAUAGGCACCUACACUUAAAAACUUUGUGUUUUCCAACAAUAUGACAUGUAAAUAAACUACGAUAUGUAUGACAAAUUACUGGUAUUUCUAAAUAAAAUAUAAAUAUAUUAGUAAUAUUAACAGAAAUUAGUAGACAUUCUAAUAAAUAAUUGAUAAAU